AUGCUGCGGCAAGAAAUUCUCGGAGUUCCCUUUACCGCAUUGGCGUUGGAGGAUUCAACAGAGGAGCGGAUAGAGCGGCAUACCACAAAUAUAGCUAGAACUUUCAAUCUCAUAUCAAAAAGCACAAGUAAGUUGGAACCAGAAUACAUGGACGGAUUUCUUGGUAUCAACCGCGUUUCAGAAGCCACAAUUGUCAAUAAUCACACUUUUGAGAGAACAAACUGCGUGGAGAAGACUCAAGAAUUCAGAGAAGGACAACCAUUACAACUUAAUGUCAAAACCCCAGGACUUAUCGGCUCUAUUGAAUUUAUUGAAGACCGACAAAUAUCCGAACCGUUGGGCGCAGACGAGGUUGAGAUAGAAGUCCACGCAGCAGGCGUUAACCUCAGAGAUCUUCUCCAGAUCAAUGGAAAGGUAGCUAGUGAUGUCUAUGGUUGUGAAAGGGCAGGUGCUCGGGUUGGAGAAAACUGCACACAGUUUUGCGCAGAGGAUCGUAUUGCUACAAGUCUGACAUUUUCGCAAGCUGCAUCUAUUCUAGUAGCAUUCACAACCGCUUGGUAUAGUUUAAAUGAGAUCAGUUCACUGCAGCCGGGAGAAAAUAUCUUGAUCAAUUCUGGUGCUGGUGGAACUGGACAAGUACUUAUCCAAUUUGCUCAGCUAUUGGGCUCUGAAGUGUUUGUAACAGUCAGCAGUGCAAAGAAGAAACGACACCUGAUGAAGAUGUACGAUAUUCGAGAAGACCAUAUUUUCUUCAGUCGAGAUGACGCUUUCGCAGAUGGAAUUAUGACAAUGACACAGGGCAAAGGGGUAGACAUUGUUGUCAAUUCUGUUUUUGGAGAGAAACUUGCAGUAACUUGGGAAUGCAUAGCACCAUUUGGUAGAAUGAUAGAGAUCGGAUGGGAGACAUUUUUUUCGCGUGGGAAACUUGACAUGUAUUCUUCUGCAAGGAAUACCAUGUUUGCAGCCGUGAAUCUCGAUGAUAUGGCAGCGCAAAGACCUCUGAUAAUGUCGAAUCCCUGUCGCAAGAUCAUGGAGUUGAUAGCAGAAAACAAGCUGCGACCUUUCAAUUCUCUAGAGGUUUUAUCGAUCUCGGACCUGAGGAAGGUUCUUAGAGCAUUGCAAGGCGGUAAGCAUAUUGGAAAGAUGGUCGUUGAGUUCGAAAGAAAGCGAAAGUUCUGGCUGCUUUCAAGCCGCAAUGGUACUCAAGGAUACUCGCUUCGUCAAUAUGAAAUUUCAAGAAUGGGAGCAUUGCGUCAACCCCAAGGUUUCAGGAUCAUGAAAUCUACAUACUGUUCUGCCCCAAGAGAUUCCAAUUACGCAGCGGGAAACACCUACCAAGACGCCCUCGCACAAUUCCGUCUAUCCAAUGGUGAGAAAGCGACCGCUAUUGACCUGGGUGUUGUACUGGGUGCGGGUUUUGUAACCGAAACCCCUGGCGUAAGGGAGACACUCCAACAAAUUGGGUCAAUUCUACCGCUUGAUCUAGAAAAGCUUUUCGCACUCUUCGACCUCUACUGUGACGUGAUAUUGCGAUUUCAAUCGCCAAUACACAGCCAAGUCAUCACUGGCCUAGGAAUUCUUUCCCAAAUUAUUGCAGAAGGUAAAACAGUUCCUUCCUAUCUUUACGAGCCAAUGUUCCUCCCCUUGCACCAAAUGAAUGCACUCAGCAAAGUAUCUCAAGAUGCAAACGAAGCGGGUCCAAAUUAUAAGAACAUCCUUGCCGCUUGUCUCACAAUUGCGGAGGCCGGGCUUCUAGUAGCUAUUGCUUUACGCUCGAGUUUAUCAAAGAUUUUAGGCAUACCAGAAGAUGAUAUUGAGUUGAGGAAUCGGGUGGAAAGUUACGGAAUAGAUUCAUUAGCAGCGGUGAAAUUACGAAGUUGGUUCGGGCGGGAGAUGGGGGCGGGUCUGGCGGUGUUUGAAAUUCUUGGGGCCAAAUUUUGGCAGUAG